CUUUCUUGUUUUUUUUUUUGUCGUCGUCUUGUUUUUUUUUUUGGCGCCUGAGCUGAAGCUUGCCGCGAAACCUCGGCUGCUGUCCCGCGUCUAUCCUCCUCCGGUGGCACGCUCGGCUUCCCGCCAUGCUCAUCUCCCGCCAGGUGGCGCCCUCGUGCGUCCAGGACCUGGAAGCGGCCGAGGCGCUUGUCAGCAUGAGUUUCUGGGGUCAGCGGUCGCCUGAGCCCCGCCCACUGACGCCGAUGUCUGACUCGUGUGACUCGAUGGCUCCGCACUCGGAAAGCGGGGACUCGUCCAAGGACCUGGUGGCGCUGUCCUCACUGUGCAUGACGCCGCCUCAAAGUCCGAGCUUCGCCGAGGCCUGCUCCGCCCGCAGCGCCUCCAAAGAUGCCGUUGUGACUUCAACGCUUCCACUUGACGUGGCGGUGGCUGCCAGAGCGAUGGCGACCAGCGUCAUUCGCCACACGGCUGACAGUCUGAGUGCUCAGACGCUGCCGUUCCCUGCCCCUGUCCUGCCCACACAAAGUCCAGACAGUGAGCGCGGGAAGCAAGCACCGCCUCUUCUUCCCACAUCAGUAUCUUCCUCGCCGCACCCUGCGGCCUCACCUCUCCUGUGUCAGGUCUUCCCUCUCAGCGGGCGGCCGAGAUUGAUCUCGGCCUUGGUUCCAGGCGGCGCCCGGUCCAUCCUGUCUCAGCCAUUACUGGUGAGCUCGGCCUUGCCGGGUGCCGUCAUGUUAGUGGUGCCGCCCGUAUCGCACCCGCCGACGAGCCCCCAGACUGUCAUGACGCUGGGCAACACCAAGCUCCUCCCCCUGGCCCCCGCUCCCGUGUACGUGCCGUCAGGUGCCAGCGGGGUCGCUACGUUGGACUUCUCCCGCAGACGAAACUACAUGUGUGACUUCCCAGGAUGCAAGAAGACGUACUUCAAGAGCUCGCACCUCAAGGCUCACCUGCGCACGCACACAGGGGAGAAGCCGUUCAGUUGUCGCUGGGAAGGCUGCGACAAGAAGUUUGCUCGCUCCGACGAACUGUCUCGCCACCGCAGGACGCACACGGGCGAGAAGAAAUUUGUCUGCAGCGUGUGUGAGCGCCGCUUCAUGCGCAGCGACCACCUGACCAAACACACGCGCAGACACACCAGCGCAAAGAGGGCAACCUCCUGGCCCGUCGAGGUCAACAAAGGUCAAGACAGAGGCUCCGCCCUUUUGACUACAAACUAAAAGAUGGCGGUGUAGCCACUGGACACAAUCAGACCCGCCUCUUUUCUACUCUAAAAUGAGCGUUUACUUCCAAAGUCAACUUAUCACCUCUUAGCUUAGACAGGAUAACGUUAGCAUCAUUACACGCUAACUUUUCUACUUUCUGCUAACGGUAGCUCUUCCGCGAGCUAACGAAAGGACAAACUUACCAGUGUGCUACUGUUAGCUUGUCUAAUUGUUCAUUGAGGUCUUGUAACGAUAAAAAAAAAAACCCAACAACAAUCACUUUUCUCACCUCGCUCAGGAUUUUUUUAACAGCAACUUGUUGGAGGAUGACAAGAUGGCUGCUAUUUAUUCACGGACACAAACAAACAAUAAAGGUGUCAUUGCACUACA